AUGUCCUGCGAAACAAUCAAAUCGCUUCUUUCUGAGUGCCAGCAGAAUAAUGCUGAUGAUGUCAGCAAAUGCAAAUGGGCUGAAAAGGCUCUUCAGUUAUGUACCAAACAGACAACUCUGGAAAAUGAGUUGUCUUUGAUUGAAAAAAGCUUGUCAGAGGCUCCGAGAACUCCAGCAAAGAAAAUCUGUUGCUCCUGCCCCGAUAUUAAAAAGAUUAGAGACAGUUGUCUCAUCACAAACGGAGAAGAUAAUGCCGAAUGCAAAUAUUUAAUCACAGCCUACAGAUUAUGUCUACGAGACGUAGGCUUCAGCAGAGAACAAGCAAACUUGUAG